AGGAGCGCGGCGGCGGCGGCGGCGGCUCUAGAAGAGGAGGCGAAGGAGGUGGAGGAUCGCCUUUCCUUUCCUCAGACCCUGGAGCGUCCGGGACGCAGAGCCCGGAACUCGGGGGACGCGGCGACUGCAGGGGUCCGGGCAAGAAUCUCCCUGGAAAAAGAGACUUGAAUGUCUGCAAUGAUACUGCCUGACAAGAAAUUGAUACAAGAGAAGAAAAGGAGAUUAACAGCUAGUGAGCAGUUUUGAACAUCCAGGAUUUUGUGUUUAUCACUUCCAGCUCCAGAUUUCUGUUGCCCACUUUUAAAUCAGAGAUACCUACACUCAGAACCCAGAACCAAGGCAAAAGGAUACAUUUCUUCUGUAUUUUUUGAGAUCAAAGAAACUGCAAUGUCUAGGAAACAAAGCCAGAAGGAUUCAUCAGGAUUCAUUUUUGAUUUGCAGUCUAAUACUGUACUGGCCCAGGGAGGAGCUUCUGAGAACAUGAAAGAGAAGAUAAAUGCAGUGCGUGCAAUUGUUCCCAAUAAGAGCAACAAUGAAAUCAUCCUGGUUUUGCAGCACUUUGAUAACUGUGUGGACAAAACAGUACAAGCAUUCAUGGAAGGUAGUGCCAGUGAAGUACUCAAAGAAUGGACAGUAACAGGCAAGAAAAAGAACAAAAAGAAGAAAAGCAAACCAAAAUCUGCUGCAGAAGCAAGAAACAGUAUCCCAGAUUCCAGUAAAUCGGUUUCCACUCAAGAGGAGCAGUUUGCUCCUUCCUCAGAGAAAGGUGGUAUUAAUGAUUACCAUGUCAAUGGUGCCAUCAAUGAUACUGAGUCUGGGGACUCACUCAGUGAAGGUUUGGAGACACUUUCAGUUGAUGCCAGAGAAUUGGAAGAUCCUGAGUCUGCCACGCCAGAUAUGUUGGAUAGAACAGGAUCCAUGCUGGAGAAUGGUGUCGCUGAUUUUGAGUCCAAGUCUUUAACUAUGCACUAUGUUCAGAAUUCUCAACAAUCCAGGAAUGCUGCCAGAUCUCUCUCAAGACCUACCACAGGACCUCAGUUUUCAAAUCUGGGGAUGGAAGAUGUUCCAUUCUCCUCCACCAAUAAAAAGCUAGGUUCCAAUAUUGAAAAAUCUGUAAAAGACCUCCAGCGCUGCACAGUGUCUCUUGCACGGUAUCGAGUUGUAGUUAAAGAAGAGAUGGAUGCUUCCAUUAAGAAAAUGAAACAAGCUUUUGCUGAAUUGCAGGGCUGUUUAAUGGAUCGGGAAGUGGCAUUGCUUGCCGAAAUGGACAAGGUGAAAGCUGAAGCAAUGGAAAUUUUGCUUAGCCGACAAAAGAAAGCUGAACUUCUAAAGAAGAUGACUGAUGUGGCUGUUCGAAUGUCAGAGGAGCAAUUGGUUGAGCUCAGAGCUGAUAUCAAGCACUUUGUUAGUGAGCGUAAAUAUGACGAGGAUCUGGGACGAGUAGCCCGGUUCACCUGUGAUGUAGAAACUCUGAAGAAGAGCAUUGAUUCAUUUGGACAAGUCUCCCAUCCAAAGAACAGCUAUUCAACCAGAUCCCGAUGUAGCUCAGUUACGUCCAUGAGUAGCCCAAGUGAUGCCUCUGCUACUUCCUCUUCCACCUGUGCCUCUGCUCCCAGUCUUACAAGUGCUAACAAGAAAAACUCUGUACCGGGAGAGACUCCCACAGACAUAGCAAACUCCAGUGGCCGGCCCUACCAGCCUGAUCGGGAGGUAUUGCCAGGGAACAGACGAGGAGGACAAGGCUACAGGACACAAGGUCAAAAGUCCAAUGACCCCACAAACCAUGGGCAACAUGAUAGUGUGGGUCAUUACAGAAAUAGCUCGUGGUACUCAUCUGGUUCCAGGUAUCACAGUGCUGCACCACAGGCACCAGGAAGCACUAGUGUACGGGGCCAGGCUCUCUCUGCAGGGACCAAUGGAACUGGAGCCAGCAAGGAGCCGGGCCCGCCUAAGCCCUCAUUCAAAAAGGGGCUCCCCCAGCGCAAACCCAGGACCUCUCAGCCUAAAGUCGUGAACUCUUGAGGGAAAUUCUAGUUGGCCUCUCUCCUCUAUCCCACACAGUUCAACUUGAUAACUGGACUUUAGGAAACUUAUAGUUAGAUUCAAUAACAAAAAGAAGUUUAUGCAAUUCAGUUUUUGUGCCAUUCUAAUAUUUUUGGUUUCCUCUCUCAUUUGCUUUUUACCAUUUUGGAGGGGAAGCUGUUUUUUCCCUUGACGUUUCCCAGUGAUAUGGAUUGAUUCUGAUUGGUCAUUUCCACCAGGAGUCAGAGGCAGCUGUUGCCAGGUUUCCCAAGGGUAAGCAACAUUCUUCCCAGUACACCAGGCCUGCCAGUGCCCAAAGAGGCCUUACUCAGCAAUCCCCACUGUUGAGGCUGUCUCAGGAGCAAGUAGGUCAGAGCUAGUCCUGUCGCCUUUCCAAUCUAAGCAGAAGCCACAGAUGCCUGCCAGGUUCCCUCCAAACAACAGUUUGACCAGGAGAGGCAGUGAGGGUGUCGUACACUGCACCGGAUUAGCCAGAGAAAGGAAAAUUAAAUUUCUGAAAAGGAGAGAACACUAGGAAACAUUUGAGAAUCUGCCUCUAUCCCAGAACGUGCCUGAGAUUUGACACUCAAAUCAGGGUUUCAGUCUCCUGCUUGGCACCAUAGCUUAACUUGCAAUUUCUUCAAAAUGCCUAAAACCUUGUUUCCUGUUACCUUAGACUGCAAACCAGUCUAGGGAAGUCUAUGGGAAAAGAAGUGUUUGAUUAUAAAGUUAAAAAAAAAAAAAAAAAGCAUUUCUCUGUUUCAGUGUUUGGAGAUUUUCUAUUUGUUUGUAUUCUCCCUUUCCUGAAUUCUGUUCUAAUCCUGAACCAAA